CGGCCCUGCACUCGCCUUUUAAACGGAUGUCAGAAGUAGUGAACCUACUGUACGGCCGUGCCUACCGCUCGGACCAUGGCGGAAGACGACGACACGAAAAUUCGGGUUUUGCAAAGUCUCCGGGGAAAGAUCUGUGAAGCGAAGAAUCUGGGUUCCUGUUCUGGGCCGAACUGGCUCCGGGAUGGCUGCACCUUCUGCACCAUCAGCCUGGACCAGGAGGAGGUGUACCGCACCAAAGUGUUUGAGAAAAAUCUCAGCCCUUUCUACGGAGAAGACUUCUAUUUUGAAAUCCCACGGGCGUUUCAGUAUUUAUCCUUCUAUGUUUAUGCGAAGACUGUUAUCCAGAGGGCCCUCCCUAUAGGAAAAGUGGCGAUCCGCAAAGAGGAUUUGAGUAAGUACAGCGGGAAGGAGCACUGGUUUGGUCUGCAACCUGUGGAUGCCAACUCCGAGGUCCAGGGAAAGGUCCAUCUGGAGAUGCGACUAAAUGAAGUCAUCACAGAUAACGGAUCAGUGUGUCAGCAGCUGGUGGUCCGCAUCAUUGAGUGUCAGGGUCUCCCCUUGGUCAACGGGCAGAGCUGUGACCCCUACGCUACGGUGUCGCUCGUGGGACCUGCCAGAUCUGACCAAAAGAAGACCAAGGUGAAGAAGAAAACCAGCAACCCCCAGUUUGGAGAGACUUUCUACUUUGAGGUUACCCGGUCCAGCAGCUAUACUAAGAAGUCUCACUUCCAGGUGGAAGAGGAAGACAUCGACAAGCUGGAGAUUAAGGUCGACCUGUGGAACAAUAGCUUGGCCCAGGAUGUUUUCCUGGGAGAGACCAGAGUUUCAGUCAAGAUUCUGCGUAGAAACUCUAUUCACCAGGCCUGGUACUUGUUACAACCGAAGGGCAACUGCAAGACAUCAAAGGCGGACGAGCUUGGCUCCCUGCGCCUGAACGUGACUUACAUCGAGGACACGGUGCUGCCGUCGGCCUGCUACGAGCGGCUCCGUGCACUGAUGCUGAAGUCCCCGGAUGUGAAGCCGAUCUCUGCGUCAGCGGCCCACAUCCUGGGGGACCUGUGCCGGGAGCGCUAUGAGGCCGUCCUACCCAUGGUGCGCCUACUGCUGCACCACAACAGCCUGGUGCCUUUCGUUACAGCCGUAGCGGCACUGGAGCUGGAGAACACGCAGGAAGCAAACACCAUAUUUCGGGGCAACUCGCUGGCAACGCGCUGCAUCGACGACAUGAUGAAGAUAGUGGGCCGGAGUUACCUGACCAUGACCCUCAAGCCCGUCCUGGACGAGAUCUGUGACACCAACAAAUCAUGUGAGAUUGAUCCUUUAAAACAAAAAGAUGGAGACAAUCCAGAUGCCAACAAGGAGAAUCUGCAGCAGUUCGUGCAGAAGGUCUUCUCCUCCAUCACGCAGUCCAGCGUCAGCUGCCCGCCCAUCAUGUCCGAUGUCUUUCGCUCCCUGAGACACCUGGCUUCUAAGCGCUUUCCCGAUGAUCCGCAUGUCCAGUAUUCCGCGGUCAGCAGCUUCGUGUUCCUGCGCUUCUUCGCCGUGGCUGUUCUGUCGCCGCACACCUACCAGCUCCGCCCUCAUCACCCGGACAAUGAGCUGACCCGCACCCUGACCCUCAUCUCCAAAACCAUCCAGACUCUUGGAAGCUGGGGCAGCUUGUCAAGGAAUAAGCUGUCCAGUUUUAAAGAAUCCUACAUGUAUGAAUUCUUCAAGUCAUUCCAAGAAGAGAAAUAUGUUGAAGAGGUUAAGAAGUUCUUAGAUGAGAUCUCCUCCAACGUGAGUAAGGGCUCCGUCGGGGUGGAGGACGCCGUGGUGCUGAGAGAAGGGGAGGUACAGAAACGAGCACAGGGCAGGAAGCGGAUUGGCAAGAACUUCAAGAAGCGUUGGCUUCGUGUGACCAAUCGGGAGCUGUCUUACCACAAACAUAAGGGAAAAGAGCCUCUGUGUGUCAUUCCAGUGGAGACCAUCCUGGGGGUGGAGAAAGUGGAUGACAACGCCUUCAGUCGGAAGAACAUGUUCCAGGUGAUGCUCUCAGAGAGGCCUCUGUACAUCCAGGCCAGUAAUUGCGUGGAGGUCUGCGACUGGGUGGAAGUGCUGGGCCAGGUGAGCCGUUGUAACCCGAGGCGACGGAGUCACCACCAUCCCUCUGCCUACGUGUCCGGGGCCUGGCUCUGCUGCCGGGGCCUGAAUGAAAGCCACCCCGGCUGCAAGCCUUGCACUCCUAGCCUAGCCAGCCUCCAACUCGAGAUCGACUGUGACCGUGAAACCGAAAGGAUCUUCUCCCUCUUUUCUGCCAACUACUCUAAGCUGCACAAAAUGGAAGAUGCCUGUUCCAGCAUUUCUGUGUACCAGGGUCCUCAGAAAGAGCAGGAGGAAUACUCUCUAUUCACCAUCCAGGACUCCAAAGAGACAUUCCGCACCAUCCGGGACAUCUAUGCAGUCUUAGAGGACUUAAGGGCGCAGCAUGAGGCCACUAGGAAUGCCCUAGGAACUGCCAAGUAUGGCAGUCAGGAAAACCCCAUAGUCGGAAAGGGUUGUUAGCACACGGCCAAGAGUGCGAUCAGCCAUUGCGAUCAGCCAUGCGAUCAGCGUGACCGUCGCAAGUUUAACACUGGAGCAACUCGGCAUCAGAACAUGCACUGGGAAUGCUGCUCACCGGGGAUGGAGAAAGGGCCACACUUGAUAUCGAGACGUAGACAGAACGGUGGGACCAGGAUGGCAGACGUGAUGUUUGCCUGAUUUCUUAUUGGGUUUUCUCCAAACCCCCCCUCCGGAAGCUGUUUGCGUUUCUGUUCCCUCUUCAAUCAGUUCUUUUCCAGUUUUUUAAGGGAAGUCUUUCAGGAAUCCUUUAGGCAUGAAUUGCCACUGAAGUUUAAAUAUGUUCAGUCUUGUGGUUCGUCGUUUAGUUGUGAAAGCAGAACGUGAUUUCUGUAAAUAGUCAAAAUGCUUUCUUGGAAAAUUUUGAUUUUUGUCGUUCUUGGUCAAUCAGCUGCGGUCCUCCCGCGCCUUUCUAUUGUGCUGUCUCUGACGUUCACAAACUAGAUAGCUAUCAACAGCUAGGAACGUCUUGGUGGAGGGAACAUUCUGCAUGUCUUCUAACAUAUUUUCAUUUAAGUGAUUAAUAGACGUUUCCUUGUUUUCUUUAUUUAUAGAUGUACAUAACUUUCUUUUGUCGUUUGUGGGGGAGAAAUGUUUGAAGCACUUUAUAUUUGGAAUAUUCCAGAUUGAAUUAUUUCGAUACUUGGUAUCAUCUUACUUCUGUAUUGAUCAGUUAAAUGAUCACACAUGAUUUUUGUAAUUCUUGUGCAGUGAGGAUUUUAAUAUUUUCUGACACCAAAGAACUCAAGGUCAACUCGAAAAGGAAAGCCGUAUAUUUUGGACGGACAUUUUAAAAAGUGAAAAAAAAGUUAUGCUGUUUUUACUGUGUGUUGCGUGUCUGUGCCCAAACACUCCUGUUUUCUGGUUCUCAUUUUGUUGCCACUCUCUCUGUGACCCAUGGCUGCAGGUCAUUUGUAAUGUCAUGAUCGUGUCCAAUCCUGCCCUUUUUUGUUUAUACGGCCCCAAGUUGAAGGGAACUGGAUGUGCCUCAUUUUGUGUCUUGGGCCAUUUGCUACUCUGCUGAGGCUUAUGAUUGAAGCUGAGACAUUUGCCUCACCUCCAACCCCCCCCCCAAGGACAUUAAUCAGACGAUGUUUACAUAGUCAAAUCAUCGCUCUAAUAUUGGUUUUACACAUAAUUUGAAUGAAAUAAUAUAAACGGUGGAUAUAAACUUUAACUUCAGCAAAAAGUGAAUCAUUUUCUCUCUGCCGAUGUUAGCAUUCAGUCUAUAGGAUUGUAUUUCUAACACAUUGUGUAAUUCGGUACUUUUUGAUUUUACUCUGUUCAAACGAAGGUACUUCAGAUGGUUGCAGUAAAUGUGAGCACGUUGCUUGUUUGUUGAAUAGUGGUGCUGUACUCGAUUGCGUGGGGGUGAGAUGUGUAUUUGGGUGGUUCAUGCCAUUGCCUCCUGGUACUUUUUAAACAGACUGAACCAUACAGUACUUUAUUCAUCUGCCAGUCCAGCUAUACUCAGUAAUACCAUACGGUACUAUUGUAUGACUAUACCGUAUAGUACUGCGCUUUUUUGCCAAUUUUAUUGCACUGUACUUCACUCCCAUGCCAGUUUAAACAGUCUAGUAAUGUUUACUAUACAGUACUCUCAUACCCCAUAAGAAAGUACUGUGCAGUACUGUAUUUAAAUUCCAUAAUCUCUCCAGGUUUAUGUUCCUGUCACAAGGCCUUUCAGUCUGCUUGCUUCUACUCGUGUUUAAAUCAUGAAGAAUGCUUAAUAUUGUGGGUUUAAUCUUAAUGUUUGUCCAUUGUUUUUUGUUUUUUUUUGUUUUUUUCCCCCCCUCAAACAAGGGCGGAGAUUUCAAUGAUGGAAAAUUCGAUCAUUGAAUAUUCUAGAGAAGUCAGUCAUGUCGAAGGCCUUGUUGACUUAUGGGCAGCUUUCAGCACACGCUCCAGUCUGGUAUCCAUUAUUGUUUUAUCAUGUACCAUUCCAGUAGAUGGUGCCCUCUGUGGGCCAGUGUGGCAAGCGCACUGCGAGUACCAGAGGAUAUAUUAGGCACGACCUUUGAGAUCAGUGGCCUGUACUACGAAGCGGGGUUACUGUCUCAUUGGGGUAACUUGUCAGAUUUAAGGUACCACAGUUUAAAUGGACUUCAUAUUCGUUCACUUACAUUUUGCCCAGACUACCUUAAAUCGGACAAGUCCAUAACCCCGCUUCGUAAUACAGGCCCCAGCUCCCUGGGACUUUUGAGUAAUGAAUCAAAAUACUGCCCCUCAGAUCUGCAUGACGUAAUGUAGUUCAUUCAGAUCUGUGACCUCUGACAGCAAAAUGGUAUAGUUCAGCCUGCGCUGUGGCCACUGGAUGAUGCGUUUCGGAAAGUACCAUUAGAUUUACGAUGGAGGUGGUGAUGCUUCUCUACCCUCCAUUCUUUCUAAUCAUUUCCCUAAUCACAGAAAAAAACUAGUUGACUAUACUAAAUAUAUUGGAAUGUUUUUGUUUUAUUUAAACUUUUAUAGUUUUUUAAAACAAAUUAAUAUUCUUUUUAUUGUUGCUGGAAAUAUUUUACAAUAAAAAAUGUUGUCGGCUCUA